AUGGCUCUAGUCCGGGACCCUUUCUUCUGGCAGCGCUUCUCCCAGGCCGUCCAUCUCGAUGAGGAAAUCCGUUCUACAACCGAGGAGAAAGAGCAAUCAGAUAACUGGCUAGCGAGCCAACGACGGAAACGACGGAAGAGCGCGCUCUGGGGGUGUAUUAUCUGCCUCGCUGUUGCACUCUUAAAGCGAGAGUUGGAGACACAGCUUCUGUACUCCAACCGAUUAUCGGGAAGUUAUCCCUUCCGCGAGGACCUGCCGGAUUGGGAUCUGACGGUUUCCUUCGGUGUCAGAGCGUCACAUGACCUGGAUAGUGCUUGA